CACGUAACGCUGACAGUUCGAAGCUCAAUAUAUAUAGCAUUGCAAAUGACGUGUGUACGGUGUGACGUGUGUGUGAAUGUUUCUCGUAACAUAUAAUAAAGAAAUAAUCGAAAAAAUGGUGCGACGAUGUGCUAUACCACAUUGUAAAAGCGGAUAUCGUGGGAAAGAAAAUGAAAAUGACAAAGUGUCUAUAUUUUCGGUGCCAAAAGAUCAGUACGAACGCAUGAAAUGGGCUCAGAUUUUAUCAUGUUCGUUGAGUGACAAAUUAUAUGUGUGUGAAAUACAUUUUGAUCCAAUGAGUAUUAAAAGGGAGAAGAUUGCUAGUCAUAAUGGAAUACUAUUAUAUAAGCAUAUUUACAAACAGAAACGACUUAUAGCUGGGGCACUGCCUAUUCAAAGUAAUAAAUACCCUUUGAAGCGAUUGAAAAUGAAUCCGGCCUCGACUGAUCCGCAAUCUGCACAAGCCUCAAUUCUUGUAUUAAAUGACAUAGAUAUUAAUGCCAAUGCAAUUGACAUAGAUAUUGACAUAGAUAACCUUGUUUAUUAAAACAAGGGGAAAAUUAGUGCAUCCAAAUAUGACAAUUUUUAAACUUUUUCAAACUAUAGAAGCAGAAUUCGAGGCACAUGCGGACAGUGGUAAUGUUUAUCAUCAUGUUAUCGAAUCACUCAUUGCAAAUAAUCAUUGCAUCACAUUUCUGUGUAAUGAACAUAAAGUCGAUGUUUUAACAUAUUGCAUACAUUAUUAUUUACUUUUAAGAAUACGACAAUUUGUGAAACAAAAAAAUAAACAAGUACAAAAA